CACUGAUCUUGCAGUUCUACCCUCACUCAAGGUCCUGUUACGGUUUCGCUAGAGCUGAGGGCACAACAGGCAUGUCCUCGCAAGAAGAUGAACCAUACGAUGGCGAAAGCAGUUCUCAACAUGUGAAAAAGAGACGCAUACAACGAGCCUGUGAUUCUUGCAGGCGAAAAAAGAUCCGAUGCGAUGGAACGCGGUUGCCGAGUAAUAAGUGCUCAAAUUGCGCAACUUUCAACUACGAUUGUACUUUUGUUGAAACUGCGAAGAAACGAGGACCCUCUAAAGAGUAUGUAGAGGGUCUGGAGAAUCGACUCGACCAUAUGGAGAAGCUCUUGCGCAAGUUUUGCCCAGAUUUAGACUUAUCUAAGGAAUUGGAUGGUCGUCCUGAUAACGCCUCUUGCUUCACCGAUCGCGGUGCAGAUAGUACUGGCAGAUCGACCGCAGCGCGAGGAGCUCAGGUCGUAACCCAAGCUGUCGUCCCCCCGCCUCCUGAUGCGAUUUCUAACUCUACUGAGCCAGACGAACUCGAGCCCAGCGAUGACGAAACGGUGGCGCAUCGUACCCUUAUCGAAAGCUUUUCACGGAUGCGCAUGGAUCCUACUGCGCCUUGGUACUUUGGCAAAUCAAGCAACCUCAUGUUCUUACGGAAUGCCGUGGAUCUCAAACGAGAAUACUCCGGAAAUGGCAAAGAAGAACGACCGGACACCACUUAUGCCAAUACAGGCUUGCCAUACACUCGUUGGAGUGAUUCCUACAACAUAUAUCCUUGGUUGUCAGACCCAUUGAAAGACCAGCUGAAGCCUCAAAAGCCUCUAUUAUUCCCUGAUAAAAGCACCAUGUUCAAGCUCAUUGACAUCUACUUCUCAAACGUCAAUAUUUAUCUACCACUCCUCCAUCGGCCUACGUUCGAAGCAAGUAUCAAGGAAGGUCUGCAUCUUCGCCAUGAAGCUUUUGGCUCCACAGUCCUACUUGUCUGCGCCAUUGCGGCGAGGACUUCGGACGACUCGCAAGUGCCGGGGUCAGAACCAGAGAAGAGUCCGUUUCCGCGCGGAUGGGAAUGGUUCAGACAAGUGCGGAUAAUACGCAAGUCAGUUCUGGCCCCUCCACAAUUGUACGACAUGCAGAUUUACUGCCUCACUGCUUUUUAUCUACAAGGAACUUCGGCGGGUCAUACCUGCCGUACCAUCAUUGGUAUUGGCAUCCUCGCGGCUCAAGACUUGGGUGCACACCGCAAGAAGGUUUACAGCCCGAAACCGACCGCCGAGGAGGAGUUGUGGAAGCGUGCGUUCUGGGUCCUAGUGGUCAUGGAUAGAGCGAUGAGCUCUGCUCUCGGGCGCCCGUGUAUAAUUCAGGAUGAAGACUAUGACGUCGAUCUGCCGAUAGAGUGUGAUGACGAGUACUGGACAAAUUCAAACCCCGAAAUAGCGUUUACGCAACCUUCGGGGAAGCCGUCAACCGUGGCGUUCUUCAAUUGUCUCAUCACGCUGAAUCGGAUUCUCUGGUUCACCCUCCGUACUAUUUACUCCAUCAACAAAUCCAAAGCGCUACUGGGCUUCGUCGGUAAGCAGUGGGAGCAACAGAUCGUGGCUGAGCUAGACUCGGCAUUGAACAAAUGGGUCGACUCUGUACCCGAUCACCUGCGAUGGGAUCCGAACCGGGAGGAUAUUACAUUCCUCAACCAAUCCGCGACGCUCUAUGGAGCGUAUUACACGAUUCAAAUAUUCGUGCACCGACCAUUCAUCCCAUCUCCACGCAAGCCAUCUCCGCUAUCGUUCCCGUCGCUGGCUAUCUGUACCAACGCGGCACGGUCUUGUAUACACGUUUUGGACAUUCAGUUCAAACGCAGCAGUCAACUGUUGUACCUCAACACGAUGUGUCUGUUCACUUCCGGGGUUGUGUUGCUACAAAAUAUCUGGGCCGGAAAACGAUUGGGGCUGACAAUCGACCCCAACAAAGAGAUGGCUGAGGUGCACAAAUGCAUGAAGAUGUUGAAGAGCAUCGAGCUCCAGUCGUUCUUAGCUGGUCGCCUAUUGGAAGUAUUGCGCGAGCUAGCAUCAUUCGGCGAUCUACCCCUACCGGCUAUGCCUCAAAGCCAUAAGCGCGAACGGGAUUCGGAAGGCUCGUCGAACGUUACCGACGAUCCUAUGCCCUCCAACUCAUCUGCUACGAACUCGACGACGCGCAACAUUGCUGGGUCAAAACGUGCAUCGAGAGAUGUCACCCCGGUAACUGCCUCAACGGCCGGCCGCCAGUCAAUGCCACCACAAGUCAUGACUAAUCCAGACGAGCCCUCCAAUGGGGUUGAUCAGACAAACAUGUUCACCUUCUCCCUCCCCAUUCACAGCGAUGAGCUGGGGCGACUGCCGCUGCAUCCUUGUUUCUCCAUUGACACCAAGGUUCCGUCAUCAAUUGGCAGUUCCUGGUACGGCACAGCGCCUCCUGGAACGUCCAAUUUUGCCUCUCCGAUCUCCAGUGUUCCGCAAGCAAGACCUUCAAUGGCUCCCGUGGGUACUAACGGGCUGAAUGGCGGGCUCGAUCCGGCGAUUGUACCGAUGUUCACUGCUUCUGACUCGGAUGUGUAUGAUUCCAUCUUCGGGAUCAUGCCCGACUCGUAUCCGGCGCCGAGGGCUCAGGAUUUUCGGGCCCCGCUGCAGUCCGCGCAGGAUCCAGGGUUGUCGUUACCUGAUGAUAUUCAGCGUAUGGGUCCGGAGUCGUUCUUCAUGGACAACUCGCUGGCUAUGUGGUCCGCUGCGCCGAGUGGGUUCGAAUGGGACGAUUGGGACACCUAUAUCAGCGGCUUUAAUGCUUUGAACAGUCCGACGGGAUCAUCGCAGCCUCCUAGAGGAUGAUUGUAUCGUAGUGCCGAAGUUAUUUAUCGUACGGCUGGGUCGUCAAUAAUAUUCUAGAGCGUUUUCUUAUACCAUUGCUCCGUGC